UUCCAAAAAAUUUCCACAAAAAAUACAGAAACCUCUCCUUUUUCUCCCCCCGAGCGGCGGCGCUGAGCAUCAUCCUCCUCCGAUGGGAAACAACCGGCAACGGCGGUCCGGCGACCGGUCGUCCCGCAAGGAGCAGUCCAGUAGUAAGCGGCAUGUAUCGUGGGAUGACAACACUGACAGCUCUCUUCCAAACAAUGAAGGAGAAGAAGAUAGCAAUGAAUCUGAAGCUCCAACAAUCCAGCUCGCAAUGUGGGAUUUUGGACAAUGUGAUGUGAAAAGAUGCACUGGUCGCAAGCUUGCAAGAUUUGGCUUCUUAAAGGAGUUGCGAGUUAGUAGCGGUUUUGGUGGCAUUGCACUCAGUCCGGUGGGCAAACAAUGUGUUUCUAGAGAAGAUCAUCCUUUAAUUAAAAGGAAAGGGCUUGCUGUAGUGGACUGUUCAUGGGCACGCCUAAAUGAUGUACCUUUUGUAAAGCUUAGAUGCCCUGCUCCUCGCCUCUUGCCGUGGUUGGUAGCAGCAAAUCCAGUAAACUAUGGCCGCCCAUGUGAGUUGUCUUGUGUGGAGGCAUUAUCAGCAGCCUUGAUAAUAUGUGGGGAAGAGGAUACAGGGAAUCUGAUAUUAAGCAAAUUCAAAUGGGGCCACUCAUUCUUGUCACUGAACAGAGAACUACUUAAGGCCUACUCCAAAUGUGAGACAGGUUCAGAAAUUAUCUCGGUCCAAAACGCGUGGCUUUCAAAUAACUCAAGAAUUCCAAAACAACUUCCGGACACGGAAGGAACUGAGGAGGCGCCUUCAAAAGCCGGUCUUGGAUCUGAUUACGAUUCAGAAGAUGGACUUCCACCUUUGGAAGAGAACUUGAACCACUUGAAGUUGGAGGACAGCGAAGAAAGUGAAGAAGAGGAUGAAUGAGGAAUCCUGUCACCUUACAUUCGUGAAUAAAAGAACAGGGAACAUUCAGUAUUGUGUUUCACCGAAACUCCACUAUGUUUUAUAGUAUGUUUUAUAGCGUCUUGUUGUCUACAUAGAAGAAUGCUAGCUUGUUAUAGUUGCUAGUUUAAAUUAUGUACUCAGUGGCUGUGAAUCUCGUCGCAAAGCAUUUGGAUGUACAGUAGGACCCAGAUUUGAUUAAAGCUUAUGAAUACAAAUGUUAAGUAUUGUUGCGAGAAAAGCUGUUGUAACCAAUA